GUAUUUUUUAUUCUUCGCCCAAGAUCCGCCUGUAGGGGGACAGGCCCGACUCAAGCGUAGCAUUUUGCUGAGUGUGGCCCUGGCAAGUCGUCAGGUCUUUGACUGAAGCAGCUUGACAUCGGCAGCAAUGGCUUCUUCACUUGCAGUCUUCAUCGCCCUAGCGACAGCUGCCGCUGCCAAGGAAUGCAGUGAACACUUCGCUGAAGGAAAGGUGCCAGAUACAGAGGGCACAUUCUUGUGCAGGAAGAAAGGCAACAGAACGUUCUUCGCAACUGUCUACGACACGAAGAUCCGCUGCCCAAAGUUCUCAGCUUACCUCUUGAAGCCAGAAGAGCAGAAGCAUGACGCGUAUAAGUGCAAAGGCUUCACCCUCGACCCAGAUGUGCCGGCAGACCAGCAGGCGCACUCUAAAGACAAGGCAUUCGAUUCGAUGCAUGACAUCGGCCACUUAGCUCCCAGCAACGCCUUCACAUGGGAUCAGUCCGAUGAUGGCGCUUGGGCGCACACCUACUUGAUGACAAACGUUGCGCCGCAGGGCUCCUACUUCAAUGAGCACCCAUGGGCUUUCGUCGAGAAGCACACGCGGGAGUUCUGCGUUGCUCACAAUGUUGAGCUCUACGUCGUCACAGGUGUCAUUCAGGCGGAUCGUCCCACAAUGGUUGACGGCGAUGCCGUCCCAGAGUACUAUUACAAGGCUCUUUGCGAUGUGAAGAGCGGUCAGUCCGUUGCAUUCCUUGGCGAAAACACGGACUGCAAGGAAUGUGGCAUCACCAAGGAUGGCAAGUACAUUCUCAAUGCAGUUACUGAUGUGGAGAAGAAGGCUGGCUACUCCAUCUUCCCGUCAAGCUGUAACCCCACGAAAGUGGACGAGACGUUCUGGGACGUCUUCCAUCAGUCCAGUACCAUUAUGAUCUGAUGCAUGAGAUGUCUGUAUUAAUGGCUGGGAAGAGAUCGCGACAGUGAAGUCAGGCCUUGCAAACAUGCCAGCAGACAUGUUGUCAAAGACCGCCUCUCCGCAUGGCACCAUGCGGAGUUUUCUUACCAGCUGUUAUGCAGCGUUUUUGAUGCUUGCGCUGGUAGACGGCGAAUCUGGCGGACAAGACUUGUCACGCACACUUCAAUCUCAAUUUGAGUUUAAGUCGAUGUGCAUCAUGCGUCUUGAAGGAGACUCGUGUGCACUUGACAGUUCCCCUGGAUUCCGUUGUAUCUUCAGAUUCCAAUCAAAAGUUCGUGGUUAUUCGCGACUUUGUGCUUUAGAUUCGCUGCCAGCUCGCGUUCCUCCGUGGCGCCCCAGCUGAAUAUGCGUCUUCUCUUUUCCUGCCUCCCUCCGCUCUCCCUCUCUCUAUGCUUCCUCUUGUCCUCCUUCCUCCCUGGGCGAUUUUGGCAACCACGCUAUUUAUAGCUUGUCUCGCGCCUUGCUUUCGGAAGCAUCUUUCAAGGUCCACGCCGGCUUCACGCAGCCGCCUGUCGCGCCCGGUCGCCGAGACGAACAAACAUGACGGAUUUGGCCGGUUGGGCCUUCCGAAAUCUACGUCGUCUUGAGCAUGGGAUUCGUUGCGAUGCCGUGGAAAAAACCUGCCAGGGGGCACGGUGCCGGAUAGUGCGUGCAGUUUCGCGCGAGGGUGAAGAGCAUGUUCACGGCAUGUCACAUUAUUCUUCGCGUGAUUGAAGCUGUUGCGUAUGGUAGAACGAGGC